AGCACUUCCAACCCAGAACAGAAUGCGAUUCUUCCAGGUCCUUGUCCUCUUGGGAGGAAUAGCCUGCAGUUUCCAUGGUGUUCUUUCUGAGCAGCUCUCUGGCACUGGGAGUGGAUUUUUCUCCAUUGGUGAAGAGAAACCUGGAGACAGAAUUCAGGCUGUUCAGUUUUUCCUGGGAUUUUUUAGUGAAUUCAAGGGCAUCCAGGUGAAAAUAAAUGAUCAAUGGAGUGAAAAAUAUGGACUCUCAGGAGGCAAUCCUGAGAAAUUCACCCUCUGGAAAGGGGAAGAUAUAAUAAAAGUAUCAGGCUACCAUAACCUCUGCAUCCACUCAAUCACAAUGGAAACCAACUUUGGAAGAGCUUUUACAAUUGGGGAGUCCACUGGCCAGAAAUUCACUGCUUCUCCCCCUGAGGUGGGAAUGGUGCUCAGUGGCAUCAGAGGCUUGCAUGACAUUAUAUGUAUCAAAAAAAUGUCAUUUGAUUGGAAAUACAUUCCUGAAAGAUUCAACCAUCUGAAAUAACUCUCCCUGAAUGAGAUCCAUGCUGAAGACAUCUCAACAGGACCUAUUAAAAACAACUAACAAAUUCUUCCCAGGACAGCCCAGCUGGGUCUCUGUUGAAGACACUUCAACUUAACAAUCCUGCAAUUUAGUAUCCUACAACUAUUGUCCACUAAGCCAACUGUCCCUUCUAGGAAAAAAUCUAAGUUGUAUUUACCUUGAGUUGUUUUUGUAAGCUUAUAUAUUCCAUGACCUGGGUUAGUCUUCCAGAGACCUCCAGCCAAUGGCUGGCCAAGAAUUCUGGAAUCUGAAAUGAGAGAAGAUACCCGUGACCCAGGUGAUGUGACUCUCCCAGUAGCUGCUGUUCUAAAAGUAAAGGGAGGAAAGAAGUUAAGACUAGGAUGGGGGGAGGGGAGGGAAGACAACUUAAGGGAAUUUAGAAAUCUAAUCAGUCAAUAA